UUGGCAUAUUAACCAGCGUCCACUGUAAGCGCCAAACACACCGCGACGGAGGACGUCAGGCUCGCAUCCCAUCCUCAGAGCGAAAUGCUCCGCGUACCGGAUCUCACUCACGCUAUCCUCCCGGAUUCCGUCCGUCGCUUCGGAGAGGGGGCAUUCAUACGCACAGGUAUACAAGCGGGAUAAAGAACUCAUCGAUGAAGUAGGGAGGUUAAAUUCGGAAAAAAAACCCCAAAAAAAUUAACAAACAAAAAAAAAAAAAGUGGAAAGAGGUGUCACUCCCCGCCCCCCCCUGUCCGCGCGUCGAGGAUGCAAGAGGAGUCAGCACAAAGACGCAACAUCUGCAACUUCAGGAUUUACUUGUAAAGACGUUUCGUUAUUGGAGGUCGUGGAAUUAUAAGUAAACAUGCCUGUGAGAAGGGGUCACGUUGCGCCACAAAACACGUUCCUUGGAUUAAUCAUCCGGAAAUUCGAGGGUCAGAAUCGCAAAUUUGUCAUAGCCAAUGCGAGGGUGGAGAACUGUGCGAUUAUAUACUGUAACGAUGGUUUCUGUGAGAUGACGGGCUUCUCAAGACCAGACAUCAUGCAGAAGCCCUGUACCUGUGACUUUCUCCAUGGGGACCUCACCGACAAGGAGGCGAUCAACCAGGUGGCGCAGGCUGUGCUUGGCUCCGAAGAGCGCAAGGUGGAGAUCACCUACCACCGGAAGGAUGGGUCUGACUUUCAGUGUACUACUCACAUAAUCCCAGUGAAGAAUGAAGAAGGAGUGGUGAUGAUGUUUAUUUUAAAUUUUGACUAUGUUGUGGAUGAAGGAAGUGACCACUCCACCGAGAACAUAAGCCCUGCAUCCCCUACAAAGUCAGAUCAAAGAAGGAGCAGAUUCUUUCGCUUCCGUCAGGUCGCCUUGAGCCUGAUGAAUACCAACAAGCAAUCUCUUCCUCAAGAGGACCCAGACGCCGUGAUGGUAGAUUCUCCCAAAGAAGAUGCGGUCUCGGUGGCCUUGGAGAGCUUUCCUUCACCCACAAAGAGCAUUUGCAGUCCUACUGAGGCCAAUGACACACGUGCCCUCAUAAGUUCUAGCCACCACUCUUCCCAGGCUAGCGUCGGCCCUGAACCACUUGAUCACUCAUCCCUCAAAGUCCCGUGGGACAAGCUGUACCAGACAGAGCCUCACCAGUCCUCCACCUCCCUAUCAAACACCUUCCCCAGAGGCAGCACCGGGAGCAUGAGGAGAGCCUCAUCCAUCCAUGAAAUUGAGGGCUAUAGCUCCAAUUCAAAAAGUGUAUUUAGGGACCGACAUACAAGUGAAGGCCCGUUCAACCAUGUGAAGUCCAGUCUGCUCGGCUCCACCUCUGAUUCAAACAUCAACAAGUACAGCACCAUCAACAAGAUCCCCCUGAUUGCGCUUAACUUCACAGAGGGCACCGAUAAGAAAGCCCAUUCUCCUCCAACCUCUGAGAAAGCCAUCAUAGCACCAAAAGUCAAAGACAGAACUCACAACGUCACAGAAAAAGUUACACAGGUCCUUUCUCUUGGAGCCGAUGUACUUCCAGAAUACAAACUGCAGGCGCCUCGCAUUGAUAAGUUCACCAUCCUCCACUAUAGCCCCUUUAAAGCAGUAUGGGACUGGCUGAUCCUGUUGCUGGUCAUCUACACAGCAAUCCUCACUCCUUACUCUGCUGCUUUCCUGCUCAAUGACCAGGAGGAGCAGAGGAGACGUGAAUGUGGCUACUCCUGCAGCCCUCUCAAUGUAGUGGAUUUGAUGGUGGACAUCAUGUUCAUUAUUGACAUACUCAUAAACUUCAGGACCACCUAUGUUAACCACAACGAGGAAGUGGUUAGCCAUCCAGCUAAAAUAGCGAUCCACUACUUCAAAGGCUGGUUCCUCAUCGAUAUGGUUGCAGCGAUCCCCUUUGAUCUUCUGAUCUUUGGCUCAGGAUCGGAUGAGACAACCACUCUCAUUGGCCUGCUAAAGACAGCGAGGCUCCUACGAUUGGUGCGUGUCGCAAGAAAGCUGGACCGUUACUCUGAGUACGGCGCUGCUGUUCUGAUGUUGCUCAUGUGUAUCUUUGCCCUAAUUGCCCACUGGCUGGCCUGUAUAUGGUAUGCUAUCGGCAAUGUGGAGAAGCCCUACCUAGAGCACAAGAUUGGCUGGCUCGACAAUUUGGCAUUGUCCAUAGGGAAGAGAUACAACUACAGCGAUCCUAACUCUGGUCCCUCCAUCAAGGACAAGUAUGUCACCGCCCUUUACUUCACUUUCAGCAGUCUCACAAGUGUGGGCUUUGGGAAUGUUUCCCCCAAUACCAACUCAGAGAAGAUCUUUUCCAUAUGUGUCAUGUUAAUUGGUUCCCUCAUGUAUGCCAGUAUUUUUGGAAACGUCUCUGCCAUCAUCCAGAGACUGUACUCUGGGACAGCCCGCUACCAUGCUCAAAUGUUACGGGUCAAGGAGUUUAUCCGCUUUCACCAGAUCCCAAACCCUCUCAGGCAGCGGCUAGAAGAGUACUUCCAGCACUCAUGGACCUACACCAAUGGCAUUGACAUGAACACGGUGUUGAAAGGUUUUCCUGAAUGCCUGCAGGCAGAUAUUUGCCUCCACCUUAACAAAAAUCUUCUAGAGAACUGUAAAGCUUUUCAAGGGGCAACCAAAGGGUGCUUGAGGGCCUUGGCCAUGCGCUUCAGAACCACUCAUGCUCCUCCUGGAGACACUCUGGUGCACAGCGGCGAUGUUCUAACAGCUCUCUACUUUCUGUCCCGUGGCUCAAUUGAGAUACUAAAGGAUGACAUUGUGGUAGCAAUUCUAGGAAAAAAUGAUAUAUUUGGAGAAAUGAUCCAUCUUUACACCACACCUGGGAAGUCCAAUGCAGAUGUGCGUGCUCUAUGUUAUUGCGACCUGAGUACCAUUCAGAGAGAAGACCUGCUGGAGGUGCUGGAUAUGUACCCAGAAUUCUCGGACUAUUUCUUCAACAACCUGGAGCUUACCUUCAACCUCAGAGACGAUCCAGCAAAGUCUGUUGGUGUCCAAGAGGGUGAUCCAGAUGCUGAUGAUAAUAGAAGCAUGAAAAGAAGAAUCUCGUUCACCCCAGAUAUACCUACAGAGGAAAACAACGAAGCAGAUAAGGAUAUUCAAAAAGAGAGAGGCUCUACCUCCUGCCUGAAAAGGGGCUCAGUGGCCCUGGGUUCUUCCUCACUCAGUGUUCCAGUCCUGGACUCUGACCUUAUUGUGAGAGACGGCUUAGACAGAAGACCCUCUAUAGAAGAUCUGCGCUGUGAUAAAUGGGCCUGUAAGAAGCCUGAGGACUACCUGGAUGAGUCAGCACAGAUCCAGGACCUGAGAGAGGAAGAUAAUUCUGCCAGCGAAAUCACAUACGGCGAGGUGGAACAACGCUUAGGUCAGCUUCAGGAGCACUUAAACAGGUUGGAGUCGCACUUGAUAUCAGAUAUUCAAACCAUCCUGCAGAUGCUGCAGAGACAACCGACUCUAGGACCCCCCGCCUACAGCACUGUGACAGCCAGUCCAGAAUAUCAAAGAUCCGCUGUGAAGGUUCAGCCUGUUGCUCUGUCUGCAAGCCAUUUAUUCAGCCAUACAGACACUCAAGGCCCCAGCCAAAAACUGGAGAGCACCAUUCAGGAAUCCAAAGACUCCAUUGUGAAUGCACCCAUAGAGGACAGCCUUACAGUAUUUUUUCAACAAAGACAUGCAGACAUGCAUCAGCAACAACAACAGAUCCCAGCACAUCAACAGCCAGCACUGAUCCCUCUUCCAUCUCAAACCUUAUCUGCCUCCUGCUCUUCUGCACUGCCCUCUGCCCCUGACCACACCUCAGAAAGACACCUCAGACAUGUCUCAGACUCUGAGGUUCCCAGGACAUAAAUUCUCAGCAGCACCGUAUGAUAAUAUUGGAAUUAUUAUGCUGUAAUUAUUAAGUAGCACUCUUUUGUUUGUUUUAUCAGCAUGCUGGCACAGACAUCUGCAUCUUAAAGUGGCUAUGUUAAAGAAAGGAGAAUAUAUUUCAUUGUGCAUGUGGUGAAAAUGUUUUUUGCCCUCUCUUUCUGUUCUUUUGGAAGAAGGAAACUAACAAGAGUUGCAGAUUUUGGCACUUUUUAAAAAAGAUUUUUAAAUGUGAACUCAUUUUAUCCUAAAAAUCCACAUGAAGCCAGAAGUCUGUAUAACUAAGAUGAGACUGCUGUUAUUAGACAACACUUUUUUUAAUGGCAUUAAUAGUUGGUUGUAUUAGAGCGAAGACAGUUCGCCUAUGUAGAGUUUUGCUAGAUUUUUCCUAAUAUUCCGCUUUACCUACUGAAAAACCUGGUUGGGUCACCAGUGUACCGGUCUUACCAUUAACACAUUUAUUUACCAAUACAGGGAAAACCAUUGUGACAAUCAGAGAGCAAUGUGUCACUCCGUAACAUUUCUAAACAAGAAAACAUGACUGACCUACCUCACACAAACACUGGUCUCUCAUAGAAACCAGCAACUUCUGCAUUAUUUCACCACAUACAAGGUUUUUUUUUAUUUACUCUGGUGUCAGUUGUUCCUAAAUUUGACUCAAAUCAUUUUAUAUUUAAAAAUUUGUUUUUUGAGGGAUUGAUAAACAUCUUUUGCAAGAUUUUAGAAAAAAAAUAGGGUCGCUGAUUGUUGAAGAUAUAUAUAAUCUGGCAGAUGGAGACAGUGAUGGUGACAGGGAGUCACACAAACUCCCUAAAUGCAGAGAUUGGAUCCAAAGAAAGACACAAGUAAGUCAAGCUGACAGGUGUUUGCUGCCAGGCUGCCACUUGUGUAAAAAGGAAGAGUACACUGGCGGCAGAAAGCUACCAAUGUACUGGUAAUCCACGGAUACUCAGGAUGUUGAAAUGAGGAUAGUUGGCAUAAACUCAGCAAGAUGAGACAUUAUGAGAUUGGAAAACUGUGGGCUGGUCUAAUGAGUCACAAUUUCAGCAGGGAUAUUCAAGUGGUAGGGUCAGAAUUUGGUGUAAAAAUCAAAGUUUGAAUUGAUCUUGUCUUGCAUCAACAGUUAAAGUUAGUGGUGGUGGUGUAUUGGAUAUAAUUUCUUGGUACCAAAUGAACAAACAGCAUAGGCAUAGAGUAUUACUGCUGACUAUGCUCUUUAUGAGCAUAACAUAUCCCUCUGCUGACGACUUCUUCCAGGAGGACAAAGCUCAGUGUAACAAUACCCAAAUCAUCUCAAACUGCUUUGAAUAUCACAAUGAGUUAUUCAACUCCAGUUUCCUCCACAGUCAACAACCCUCAAUCUAAGAAAGCACCUUUGGGAUGUGGUGGAACAUGACAUUUGUAUCAUAAAUGUGCAGCUGACAAAUCUGCAGUAACUGCAUGAUGCUGUCAUGUCAAUACGAACCAAAAUUAUGAUUUUGGCAUCGUGAAUCUUUGCCACCAAAGGUGUACCUAAUAAAAUGGCCAGCAUGUGAUUUUUCUCAUAACUCACCAGGAUGCAUCUACUGUAUAACCUGCUGCCAAAUUAUGUAGCACUUUAUCAAUCAUUGUUGAUGGUUCAAGCAAAAAACAAGAACAAAAAAUUAAGCUUUUGGUUAAGACUGAUAAUGCUGGUUGUUGACAGGCCGUCAAUCUUUUCAAGUCUGGCAGGCGGCUGGUGAGCACAGAUGUUUGUUCAUGUUUGUUGACCCUCUGCAGCCUGAGACUUUGAAACUGAGGGUGUGAGCCAACGCAAGGCCUGGCACUGCUUUGUGUCCUCAUUAGAACCUGAAGUGUGAGGAGGUGACUUUGUUACAGCGGGAGAAAUGAUGACGCAGCGGUUCUUUUUCCAUUUUCUGAAAUCUUUGCAUAGUACCUGACACUAAGGGUCUGACAAGCCAGCGGGGAAAAGAGAAAAAAAAAAAAAAACGCAUUCUGCAAAUUUCCUCUCCUGGGACAGGGGAUAUAGCACGAUACUGACUACAUGGAUACCCUUAACAGUCACUACAGAACCUGAUCAUUAUACCCCAUCUAUAGUCUGAAUCCUGUGUGGGUUACACAAACUAUUUCCUAGAACUUUUAGAGCGAUUCAGCAUUACUACUGAGGUGUGUGAACAGUUUUCUCAUCCUUAGCUGUAUGCCUAUAUUCUUUGCAGUGUGACUCAGGGGCUAUGGAUAAUUGCACUGCAACAUACAUCACAGUACACUAUGUAUUUAAAUGAUGUGCAUUAUUAUUAUUAUUGCAAUCGCUGAUCUGCACCUACUGUACUAUAUUAACCAGAAUGCACCGUGCAUGCUUGUUUGAGCAAAUAUCAUAACAUGCAGAUUUGAGGAUUAUCUGCUGUUAUCCCUGCCUCGGACACGCAAGUACGAUGCAGUGCAUGUGUUGUAAACUCUAUUUAUAUACUGUUUUGCACUGAUUUCAAGCCCAAAGUAGCACAACAUAUAAUGAUGUCAGCAUUCAUGUGUUAUUUUUUUAUUUAAAUUUUUUUUUUAUGUAUGUGAAGGUAUGAUGUGGUAGAAAAAGACUAAAUUAAAGAUGGGAUUUCACUUAGUCAUACAGUAGGAUCUGUUCUAAAGAAGGCUUCAAACAGGGACUUGUGCCUAUACAACCAGUCCAAAUGAUAAGUCAGCCAUCUUUAAUUGUAACAAAAUCACAUUCAUGAAUCCCAUUGUAUACCCAUGUUAUUUUGGAUAAUGUCCACCUUACUAAAUAUUAUUGAACAGCUGUAAAAUAAAUAAUAUAUUAUUGUAUGAUGUAAAUAGUAUUUUUUACUCUAUCAUUUAUUUAUGAGAUUCUGUAAAACUAUAGAUUAUGCUUGUUUUGAAACUAUGGAAGCAAUAAAUUAAAAAGUGUUGAA